AUGCAUAUUCUUCCUACCAUCAGCGCUUUGCUGCUCUCUGUUUCGACCGUCAUUUCAGCUUCAGUCGACGACGUGUACAACGACAUCACCUCUCUCGACCAAGAUGUCCAGACCCUGACCGACAUGGUCCGCGACUUCCAAGGCGGGCUCAUCGCUCAAGGACCACUUCUCCUUCGAUUGACCAAAGUACACAUCGCAACACGCAAGGGCGGAUACGACGCGUCGACUCUACCGACCACGCCUCUCUCCGAGAACGACGCCUUGCGACUCAUUGAGCAUGUCAACACGACUCUUGCAGUUGACAACCCAAUCGCUGUCAACGUUCUCAAAUCGAAGAAGCCUCUGUUUGAUGCGAGCGGGACAGACCCAUUCAUCAAGGCUGGAUUGCAAAUCUUGCUGGACGAUCACUUGUACUUCAGCAACCAAGUUUUGGAGAGGGCUCCUCAGGAUCUGAUUGCAGAAGCCAAUCAGGUCGUAGACAUUAUCAGCAAUGCACUGCAGGGAGGUAUCGCGGCUUUCUCGUAG